CGGGCUCUCCUGAGAGGACUUCUCUCGUCCCUUCGUCCCUCCGCUUUCCCGUUCCCAUGACAGCUGUCCUUCCUUCUUCCCUCCAACUAUCCCGGCUCCCCCACUCCCCAGGAAACUUGUGGGAUCCGAUCUGUAACGGGUGGAGGUGGAGAUGAUGCUUUGGGAUUUGUUGAACUGGGCCAGCAGACUGGAAUUUGCAAUUGCUAAAUAAGACUAGAAUUGUCGAGAACCAGGCAUAUGAUGAACGUCUAGAGAUAAACGACUCUGAAGAGGUUGCAAGUAUUAGUUCUCCAGCCCCAAGACAUCCAGGUCUCCCUCGUUCUUCCAGCCUUCCUAACAAGACUAUGGCUAACAACAGCAGCGAUGAAUACGAAGAGGAAAAUAACAAGGAGAAGAAGAAGACCUCACAGCUGACACCUCAGCGGGGCUUCAGUGAAAAUGAUGAUGAUGAGGAUGAUGACUCAUCUGAAACUGAUUCUGAUGAAGAUGAUGAUGAUGAAGAACAUGGAGCACCUCUGGAGGGGGCCUAUGAUCCUGCAGACUAUGAGCAUCUGCCCGUCUCAGCUGAGAUCAAGGAGCUCUUCGAGUACAUCAGCCGGUACACACCGCAGUUGAUUGAUCUAGAUCACAAACUGAAACCUUUCAUUCCUGAUUUUAUCCCAGCUGUUGGGGAUAUUGAUGCAUUCUUAAAGGUGCCACGUCCUGAUGGAAAGCCUGACCACCUUGGCCUACUGGUAUUGGAUGAACCGUCAACAAAGCAGUCGGACCCUACAGUGCUUUCACUCUGGUUAACAGAAAAUUCGAAGCAGCAUAACGUAACACAACACAUGAAAGUAAAGAGCCUGGAAGAUGCAGAAAAGAAUCCCAAAGCUAUUGACACCUGGAUUGAGAGCAUCUCUGAGUUACACCGUUCUAAGCCCCCUGCAACUGUGCACUAUACCAGGCCCAUGCCCGACAUUGACACACUGAUGCAGGAGUGGUCCCCAGAGUUUGAAGAGCUUCUGGGCAAGGUGAGUCUACCCACGGCGGAGCUCGAUUGCAGCCUGGCUGAGUACAUUGACAUGAUCUGUGCCAUCCUAGACAUCCCUUUCUACAAGAGUCGGAUCCAGUCCCUCCACCUGCUCUUUUCCCUCUACUCAGAAUUCAAGAAUUCACAGCAUUUUAAAGCUCUUGCUGAAGGCAAGAAAGCAUUCACCCCUCCAUCUAAUUCUGCCUCCCAGCCUGGGGACACAGAUACACUAACUUUCAUCUAAGCUGCCUUCUGGGGCUUUGCUUUCAACUGAGAUGAAGAUGUGGGCCUUGUGGGCGGCUUAACAGCUGCCUGUUCCACAGCUGCGCUCUGGCAGCAUGUGUCCUGCCACCUGUCUGAAAGGGCAGGACACACAUCUGCUAAGGGGCUACACAUCUCCGAUUGCCUUUCCAAGGAGGUGUGCAUCCCCCCACUGAGGGCAUCUGAAUUAGAGCUGGAUGAGACCCCAUGGAACACAGUUUGGGAGGGAAGCUUAAAAUAUGUGCUUUAGUUAACUAGAAGUGAUUUUACAAAUAAAAUGUUCUGUCUGGUUGUGGUAGAA